GGCAACCAGGCUCCUCUAGACUCUAGUCUCACAUCACACGGUUUUCGCUCAGGUGUGAGGAGCAUGAGGGUUUUCGGGCUGCUCGCUCUCGCCGGCGCGGCGCUGCUGCUGGCCGCGGCCGUCCCCGCGAGCGGCAGCGUGGCGUCGAUCGUCACGCGGGACACGUUCUACUCCAUGCUGAGGCAGGGCCACCACGGCGGCGGCGACGGCGGGUGCGACGGGGGCGCCUUCUUCUACUCCUACGACGCGUUCGUGGAGGCCGCGAGCACGUUCCGCGGCUUCGGCACCACCGGCGACCAGGCCACCCGCCGCCGGGAGCUCGCCGCCUUCUUCGCGCAGACCUCCCACGAGACCACCGGUUACUGCUGGGUGAAGCAGCGGAGCCCGGCCGGCGAUCGGUACUACGGGCGAGGCCCCAUGCAACUCACUCACGAGCACAACUACCGGCGAGCCGGGGACGCGCUGGGGCUGGACCUGGUGAGGAGGCCGGACCUGGUGUCGACCGACCCCGUGGUGGCCUUCAAGACGGCCAUCUGGUUCUGGAUGACGCCGCGACAUGGGGCGCACAAGACGCCGUCGUGCCACGCCGUGAUGACCGGCGGCUGGAGGCCGUCGCGCAGGGACCGCCGCGCCGGGAGGCUCCCCGGGUACGGCAUGACCACCAACAUCAUCAGCGGCGGGCUGGCGUGCGGCAAGCGCCACGGCACGCCCCAGGGCAGGGAUCGGGUCGGGUACUACAAGAGGUGCUGCCGCCUGCUCCGUGUCCGGCUCGGCCGCAACGUGGCCUGCAUCAACCAGAAGCCGUACGGGCACGGUGGCUGAUUGAUUAGUCAGCCAGCAGUACUCAUUGUUGCUCGCUCCAGUGCUUGCUUGGUGGUGACAAGAAGAAUAAAAGCUAUAUAGCUAACCGCAGGGCAAAAACCUUUGAGAGUGUGUUCUUCCGUAAGAGAUGAUGGCGUAUGGUCAUUUCGAUCUGGAUGUGUGAUAUCAUCAAGA